CCAAAAUGAAAGUUACCGGGGUAAACACAUGGCUGUAGGGUAGAAAUUCAAGAUUUAAAUUUUUAAUUAAAAUCCUUGUUAUCGAUUCACCAUGUCUUCUGAAACCGUCGUAUUAAAUUUAAGUGACAACACAUUAUGGGCUCCAUAUAAAACUUUGUUCAGUGUUGUGUAUGGUGCUAUCGCCCUGAAAGAUACCAAUGCUGUGCAAGACUUGGAAGUAGCUUUGAAGCGCCAUAAACCAGAUUUAAUAUGUCUGUUAAAGAAUCCGCCUCGAAGCCACAUACACCGGGAAGCGGUAAAGAAGGCAUCAUCAUCUGGUAUUGCUAUUACAGGACAGGCUGGACUUCAAAUCCUCCCACAGUCCCUCAUAGAUGAAGCCCUUAUCAUUAGUGAUAUGUUCGAUUUAAAUGAAAUUACAGCUUUGGAGUUGCUUAUUGCAGGUCAGCAGCAACAACCUCGUUUUCCGGGCUUAACUCGAGGCUUGGUUGCAAUGUUACUGUAUUAUGAUGGUCGUCGCAAUUUGGUCAAUGCUCUGCAACUUCUGGUUCAAGCAAGGGAAGGGAACACAUGGACUUUAAACCUUGGACUAGAAUUGAAGUCGGUCAUCAUGAAAUUUACGGAUCAGCUGAAAGAAGAAGGGCUUAUGAUGAAAAUAAUAGAUCUCCUUGAAAAAAUGAAUAUUACAGAGGAGUUAGAUUUGCUGCAUCGAAAUCGUGCUCUGGGUGGCCCGAGAUAUCGUAAGCAGGUUUCUGAUUUGAUAGCCGAAAUAAAACAAACCCUGGCUGAAAUAAUUUUUGGCUGGACUUGCCAAGGUACCCUUUCUCAAGAAGAAGUUCAGCGUUUAAUAUCCUUUUUAUCAAAACAAACCGGUGUUAACAGUGAUGGAAGCAUGGAUGGAGCUACCCUUACUUCAGCUAUUGCAUUAUUGUAUGUAAUGGAUGUCAGUACGUUGCAGACUUGUGAUGAAAUGGAUCCGAUUGUUCAAAAAUUUAAUCUUGUGAGUGAACCUGACUUAGGGGUAUCCAUUCAUAAGCAACUUAUGGGGAACCAGGAUAAGUGGCAAAUGCCUGGCUUGAAAUCGAUGUUUCAGUUUGCAUGGGGAGUCACUCUUCGAACUUUGUCUCAGUUUCCUGGCAGCACCAUUGUUGGAAAAAUUAGCGAGUGCUUAGAGGAUGAUGAAAAAACAAUUGACACUGCCAUUGAAAAUAAUUGUUUCCAAUCUUUCAGAAAUUUGAUUGUAAAAAGUUCUAUUUUUCAUAAUCAGGAGUUUUUUGUCAAAAGAAUCCAUAAUAUAAUCACAGACUUCAUUGUACUAAUGCCACUAAAGAUAAAAGAACUUCGAAAUCGAGGUGACGAGGCUGCUAGAAUCAUUGCUUCACAUUCACAGGAAGGCUUAGAACCUCCAUCAAAUUUAUCCUUACAUUUUGAACACUUAAUGAAUUUGAUAUCUGAUUUGUAUUCAAAAGAUCCCCUAAAUCUUGAAUUAGCAACUGAAUUCUGGUGUCCCACUGAAAGUUUUAUUGAUCAGACUUCAUAUCAAAGACCAACACAACGACAGAUAGCACUUUUCAAGUUUAUUCGAAUAGCUGGAGACUUAUUACCACCUCCAUUAUUUGUGCCUUAUCAUCAAAUGUUGACAAGUUUAUCAAAUUCUGCAGUUUGUGCACAUAGUUGUUUUUCUAUGCUGAAAAUGAAUGGUAAAAAUGGUAGUCAGAGUAGCAUUGUUUCAUGGGAUCAUUUUUUCGCUACUCUGCAUCGUUACUACAGCAGCUUGCACGAAGAAGUUCCUUCAGUUCUUGAUAUGCGCUACGCUUAUCCUCAAAGAAUGCACUCUAAAGGAAUAACUCCUCAAGAAGUUCAAGGCCUUAUUGCUGUUUUGCAACUAAUUGCUAAAGUUGUACAAUUAGAUGAAAUUGCUCGCAUCACAUUGUCUGAAAACCCACAAUAUGUACCAACCAUUGUUCUUUUGGGUCUGGUCACAUGUAGCAUUCCGGCUUCAUUGAAAGCUGCAAUUAUUAAUUGUUUGGCUGCAUUUGCAACUUCUCCUGAAAUUGCUUUGAAUAUUUGGCAAGGUUUAGAAAUGGCUCAGGUCAUUCCUACUGUGAAGUCAGUGUCUGUGUAUCACCCUUCUGGAAUAUUAAUGGAACUUGAAGAGGUUGAAACACGUAUGGAGGAGUAUCCUGUUACUCGAGCUAUGCUGUCUUUGUUAGAUGCCCUCUUAAAUCAUCCAUGCCCUACAGGUUUAGGUACUGGAACACGCCAACCUGGUAUUGAACCAUAUUUGCAGUUUGUUCGAGAUUCUGUUUUGCUGCGCUGCAAUUCUCGAGCUUAUAAAACAGAAGGAGAAAAAUGGAAGAUAAUGGCUUUGUGCUGUAAGAUUUUAGAAAAAGUGCUCAAAAAUUCCAGAUUUCAUGCAUCUAGAAUUGGUGGCAAUGUAAAUACAGAUUCUAAUUUGGGAAGCUCUAUUUUAUCUCAAAUGCUCCAAGACAGUGGUCUUUUGAGGACUAUUCUUUUCAUUUUGGAUGAAGGAGCUAGAAUUUUGGAUCAAUAUGCAUCUGUUCCCGGUCAGGCAAAUCUCGAAGAAUGUACUUUUCUUGCUUUGAAGUUAGUUAAUGUCACUCUUUUGAAACAAGAAGCAUUUCUUCAACAGAUUCGAGACAGUGGCUGUGACCUUCUUGUUACCGCACUUGAUAAUUUGUUGUUAAACAUAAAUCCAAGAAGUGGACAAGCUGAUCACUUAUUAGUUAUUGCAAAAUAUGUCACCUACAAUAUAUUCAUACCAAAGCAUAGUAUGUACUCUGUUAAUAUACUUAAUGCCUUGUGUUCAUCUAUUCAGAUUGCUCAGCAUUUAGUCAGCGUGUUCGAUGGUGACCCUAAGGAAAGUGAAAUAAUUCUGAAAGGUUUUGUGGAAACUCUUGAAAUUGAUGUAACAAGUGAAGAAAAUACUGAAGAUAAAGACUUACAAGCUCGAAACAAAACCCGGCAGCAGGUUUUACAGCUCAUAUUGAAGUGCUUGAGACAUCCAGGGCCAAAUUUAUCCCAUUAUUUGUUGGGAUUUAAUUUAAGAAAACCUAUAGCACAAACUGAAAUUCAAGAACCAGGUGUCAUGGGAUCACGAAGAACUUGUCUUCAUGCUAUUUUGUCAUUUUUAGACUCUGGUGGCUAUUCUAGCUCAUGUCCAUCCAAUAUAUAUAAUUGCCCUCGAUCGGCUGAACUUGCAUAUCAGUUGAUUUAUGUGCUUUGUACAAAUAAAGACACUUCAGGACCCACUUUACGAUAUUUGAGAUCUACUCAUGAUUUUUUGUAUAGACAUUUGCAAUUUUUGCCUUUUAAGCAAGAUGGUGGCUUUGGUAUAAAAAUCCUUUCUCAACAAUCGUGGCUCUUACGAACGUUGGCUGUUGAAUUGAGAAUCACAUCUGCUCACCAUCAAAGGUCCCAUGUGCAACGGUUAUUGAGUUGUUUGCUUGAUGAUAAACAUCCCGUGGAAAGUGGUAAUGUUGAUGUUAGUCUAGAGCCUUCUUUAGGAAUAACAAGGCAUUCAUUCCAUUCCUUUAUGAAACCCACCUCAGGUACUCUCCGCAGGAAAUUAAUGCAAAUUCUUGAUAGCAUUAAUUUCCAUUUCACCUCGCCAUCAAUUCCACAGUGGGAUUAUUUUGAAACUGAAGAAGUAGAACGCAUCUUAAAAGAAUGUGAAGUUCAGGAAAUUGAUGGUCCUCGCCUAAUUGAUGUUGAAGAAUUACACAAACGGCUGUGUGAAGAAACCGGAAGCUUGAAUAAUGCCUCAGUUUGGAUGCAAAGGCCAGUUAUGAUGCAGGAAAUAUCGAAAGUUUUAGAAUAUGCUGUUAGUUGUAAUGAAGCUCGAGAAGCAAUUUAUGCUAGAAGACUUUUAUUUGAUGCUUGGAGACAGAUCACCGAAGUGCUCUUAAUUUCAUGCCCUCUUGAAAUAUUGGGAAUCGAUAAACGUGAUCAGAUGGUUCUGGAGGUUUCGCAAGAAUUGCUCAAUAAAGUGAUGCUGCAAGAUGUCCUGCCAGAUUUGAUGCCCCCAGCAUCAGGUGUGAUUUUGACUUUAAUGUCUACUCUGCGCCACAACAUGCUUGCAUCUUUAUUAAAGCCUGUACCACAUUUGACAUCAACAAAUAAUAAUCUGGCAAGAGAUGGACAUAAAUCUGAAUCAAAAUUGAUUCCAUUGACUCAACAUUCUUCUCUUCUAGUUGUCUUGAGAGCUGUUGUCGAGUGCUUGCUGAAAACUGGCACUGGUUUGCAACGAGUUCGAGCCAAUUUUUACAGUGCUUUUCUGAAUCUUUUAUGCAUAGUGCAGAAGCCAAUUGAUAUGAAUACUGGUUCUACUCAUGUGGUUUCAAUGCUACUGGAUGAAGAAUCAGAAACAAGGCAACUUCGGUCUGAGUAUAUGGAAACCAUCCUCAGUUUUGGUGAAUCUAUCAUGGAAAUUAUAUGUAGAGAUGCUUGUACUAGUCAUGAUAUUACAAAAAUGCUAUCUCUGGCUGUUCUUGAUGUUGCUAUUUCCUUGGAUUUGCAGCAGCAAUGGUUAGCCUUUUUAGUGUCCAAAGGAUAUUUGCGCCACAUCCUUGAUAGUUUAUCCAAAGAUGAUGAAGAAUUGCAAAACCUUUAUAACCGGAACUCAAGUUCAUACAGGAUUUUUUAUGUUUUUGAGUCAAAAAUGGCUCUCUUAACGAGGAUUAGUUGUUAUACUAGUGGAGCACUAGCUCUUCUCAGAAAUGGUGCUAUACAUAAGCUUGCAGAAUGCCGAUCAUUGGAUUUAAGACCAGACAUACCUAACGAACUUAGACAAGACAGUAGCAAUUGGAUUUUUCCUGAUCUUCUGAAAUGCUAUCGACAAAUGUUUAUGGGGAUUAUGAGGUUGAUUUUAUCUAUUACUAUGACUCUUGGAACUGGUCACAGAGAAGCAACUUUGCAACUUCUUGAAUUUGUUGUUUGCAAUAGUGAGUUAUUUUCUCACAUCAUAAGAGAUCCAUCCAGUCUGUAUUCUAUUGAAGGAUUAGAAGAAUUAAAUAUUAUGUCUGCAGUUUUAUCACGAGCAAGUUUUGAUGAUCCAAAUGCAGUGGCCAGUGACUCUUUCUUAAGUGAGCAAAGGGGACAUCUUUUGUUACUUCGACAACAUAUGUUGAUGCUCUUACCCCGUCUCAUGGCUUUUGAACACUCAGAUUCCCAAUCUCAAAAUUUUAGUGGUAACAUUGAUGCUGAAAUUUCUGCUCGAAUGAAGACACAUAGGCUGGAAAUAGCAUCGCAUAUACUUGGAUCCUGCUGCAGCGUUAUUACUAAAGCAGGACCUGAAUCUCCCACUUCUGCUAUUCUAUUUAGCCCUCAUAUUGCAGAAGCAUCAACUCCUGAUUCCUACCAUUCAACUUCAUCAACCUUCCAAAAAAAGUUACCACCAAGUAUUGGCCGAUCUCCUGAUUUGGGACUACUUAUUACAAUUUUGUAUCGUUCUGCAUCAGAAUUACAACAUGCCAUUGAUGAGAAAAAAGUUCUUGAUCGCAGGUUGCAAUCGCUUGAUACUUUGACCAGUGAUGAAUUGUCCGAAUACAUAUCUCCUGCCUUGAAGCAAGAUCAGCCUACUGUUCAGCUUCAAAGAGAGUUUGCUAAAAACUCUCUUCAGAAGUUAAUGAAGUAUAAAAUGAAAGACAUUUCAGUUUUAUCAUAUAUGAUUGAAAGCUCAGCAUUCAUCUUAUUAAAGCAUUUAGAAUACUUUUUACUGUAUUGCAAGAAACAAGGCACUCCUUUUAAAGUGCUGGACAAUACUCCAAAUCAGAUGCGUCGUUUACAAGAUCCGUCCAGUGAAAGUCCAAGAUUGACCUCAUCAAAAACAAAAUGUCCAGAUUUCUUUCGAUCUGCAGGUUCUCAAUUUGACUUUGAUGCCUUCAAAAGUGAUGUACAGACUACAAUAAAUGAACCAUUUUUUAGGAAAUUGAAAUCAAUUGAACAGCAUCUCAGCCAAAGUAGAAGUCAUGUGGGAUUUUUAGAAGCUAUAGUGAAUCGAUUAAAACGAUUAAUAAUGAUACAGAUAAGGUGAAAUUUAUGUGCAUAAAAAAAAACAUUUGGCGAUGUGAGAAGACUUGAAGAAAAUAUCAUUUAAGAAUGAACUUUUGAAAAAACUGUAUUUAUUAAUGUAAUAUAGAAAAUUUCUAUUCAUGUACUGUCGAUAUCUUUUUAAUAUUGUAUUAAAGGUUUUUUACAUACAGCAUAAAACAUAUUAAAA